AAUAUAAACGAUAUGCCUAACCUUUCAAUAAACAUGGCUAUCGCCGCAACACGUUUAGUGAACAAACGCCAUUUUUGCGAGUGAAUUCCGAAAACGCUGAGUGAUCAUUUUACGCUCAGAACGUUCAAUCAACUGUUGCCCAAUUGUUUGUAUAUCUUCAACACAAAUUUAUUUUCCAUAUUCAAAUUUGUUUUACCAUUAUUAUGGGAGAACAAGCAAAUGAGUCUAUACUGAUUACAGUUCUGGAAGAUGCAGAACAGAACAAUUUCACGUGGACCAAAAAGGCAACAAAGCUCUUUCUUGAGGCUUACUUGGAAAGGAAGGAAAAAUUUCGUAAUCCAGAAGUGAAGAAAAGGUUGUUAUGGUCGGAAAUUGCGCAAAUUUUAAAAGGACAUGGAUAUAUAAACAUAGACGAGGACAUAUUGGACCGAAAGAUGAGGAACAUGAAGAGGACAUACAAAACAAUCAGAGAAAAUAGUAGGAAAAGCGCUACAGGACGUGUGUCUUGGGAAUAUUAUAAGACAUUCCAAGAAAUUUUUUCUGAUCUUGAUAGCACCAAGUUUUCGCCUGAGAGUAAAAACAAAUUAUUUUACACUCCUAAUAAGAAACAAAUAGAAAUAGAAGAAAGAAAGAUGGACUUAAUUAAUCAAGUAAAGGAGACUCUAGAAGAAAGCAAUAGAAUACAGCAAGAGAGGAAUGAUUUAAUAAGACAGUUAAUUUUAUCACAAUUUCAUUCACCAGAUAAAUAAAAACCUUACCUUUAUCCUUGAUUUUCUCAUUUUAUUUCUAGAAUUGUUUUAGGAAAUUAUGACUUAGUGCAGAAUCUUAAGUUAUAACUUGUAUAUCCUGUCUAACUUACAGACAUUAUACGUUAAUUAUAAUUAUAUACUUGUAUACAUUUUUAGAAAUGACACGUUUGAUUAAAUAAAGAUUAAGA